AUCAAUAGCUGUAUUUACACGGGUGACAUUGUUCUUUUUCGGCUCAUUUCAUUUGGAGACGCUCAGCAAUUGUAUUCACAAAGGAGAACAAUUUGGAAUAUAGACAAUGGAUAGUGUAAUAACGCAGGAUUUUAAUAAAAGGGUUCAGGCAACUCUCGAGUACGAGAAGGAUCAGGCCCUGCUCUACUCACAACUAAAACAAUACCAGCAAGAUCGUGAUGUGGCUGCUCUGGUCAACACCCUGAAAGACCUCCUCGCCUCUCCAGAUCGGGUCAACCUCUUCGAUGACAUUCGACCAUUCGUGUCGGUCAACCAACAGGUCGAAUACAACAAUCUGUGUCCAGUACCUCCCAGCAAGAAGGCAAGUCUGGUUCACCUGACUCGCCACGGCGCCGAGCCGCUCGGGUUCAAAUUCAGAGGUGGAGUAGAGCAUGGGGUCGGAUUGUUCAUCUCAGAGGUCACGCCCGGCUCACAGGCAGAGCUAAAAGGACUUAGGCCGGGUGACGAGAUCAUACACGUGAAUGGGUACAAUGUUUCUCAGGUCACACACAACGAGGCCCUGUCAGCCAUGAAACUAAAGAAGAUGCUCACACUCAAGAUCAAAGGAAUUGGACUUGUGCCCAUCAAAGACACGGGAUCGGAUCCAGUCUCGUGGCAAUUUGUGAAAACGGGACCAAAAUCACCAGAGCCGCGGUCCCCACUGGCGGAGAUUUUUCCCGGUUCAACCCGUAACAUCAUCGCAAAGGAGAGGACCAUCUUUGUCAACUUGGAAGGGGGGCAAAAAUUAGGGUGUGGCAUCAGCAGUGGUAGGACCAAUCGUCCCGGUAUCUUCAUCCACAAGCUCAACCCGGGCACCCUCGCAGAAAAACUAGGAUUUCAGGUUGGAGACCAGAUCAAGUCGGUGAAUUCGACGAGUUUCGAUGACGUGUCCCACGCCGAAGCCCUGAUGGCCCUCAAGAGCAGCGACCAUCUCAACAUCGUACUCAAGUCAUGGGAGGAAGAUGCGAUUCAGAUGGAACCAGCCCCGCCUUCUCCUCUCAUCAAGGAUGCGGGCGUUCCCAUGACAGCGGCAGUGGUAUCCGGGAGUGGUGCCGGUGAUGCGAUCCGAAAAGGCGGUUUGGAGGAUGAGAAACCGAAGCCCAAACCGAAGCCCAAACCUGUUUCCAAUCUGCCAGACUGGUGGACCAGUGAUCCUUACUCCAUGGUAACAUUAUCAAAUUGGCAACAUACUGAAUACUUUUAUAAAUAUUUGCCAACGAGAGUAAAUUGA